UCAUUGAUAAACUCCAAUACCCACACAAAACUUAAGAACACAAUAUAAAAUCUGUAAAUAACAAUAACGCCCCCAGAGCAGAGCAAGCAUAACUUCCAACAUAAACCUAUCAAGAUAAUAAUAUCAGAAGACUUAUUUCAACACUUCAGCUUUGGAUGUUGUGUUUUUAGACUCAAGAUAGUGUUCAGAAACAGCUUGGAUAGAUGAUAAACAGGAGACAUUCCUUCAACAUGAUCUCAACAGUUGUUCCUAGAAGUUCAUUUGUAGGGCAAACAUGCUGUGUGCUACUGACAAGCUCUAUUUUGGACAAGGGACUCGACUGACAGUACUAGAAAAGGGACGCGUCUGCACACCCCCAGUUGUGACCAUAUUUUCUCCAUCCAAGAGAGAAUUACAAGAAAAGCAGAAGGCUACAAUUGUGUGUUUGGUCACUGAUUUCUAUCCAGAUCACAUCAAUCUUACAUGGUCCAUAAAUGGCAAGUCUAUAACAGAGGGAGUAAAGACAGAGGAGCCCAAAUGUAAAAAUGACCCCAAAUGUAAAAAUGAGACAUAUUCGCUGAUCAGCCGUUUAAGAAUCACCAGGAACCAGUGGCAGAAUUCAAAAAACAUCUUCAAGUGCCAAGUUGAUUUCUACAAUUGUUAUGAAGACAGUAGCCACCAUGAAGAUUUCAUAACUGGAGAAGAAUGUGAUGGCAAUAACUUUACAGGUGAAUCCUAUGUCAGAGAAAUCAAUGUUGGAAAACUGGUCUAUAUUCUUCUCAUUUUCAAGAGUGCCUUGUAUGCGGCAUUUAUAAUGGGCUUGAAGCUAAGAAAAAAAGUUGUGUGACAAUUGAUGCCAUAGAAGCCUUUCAGGUUGAAUGAAUGCUGGAGAGAGGAGGAGGAGGAAGAGGAG